GCGGCGGCGGCGGGCACCGAGCAGCGGCGCGCGGCCUGGACGAUGAAGUGCAAGCCGAACCAGACGCGCACCUACGACCCGGAGGGCUUCAAGAAGCGGGCGGCGUGCCUGUGCUUCCGGAGCGAGCGCGAGGACGAGGUGCUGUUAGUGAGUAGCAGUCGGUACCCGGACCGCUGGAUCGUGCCGGGCGGGGGCAUGGAGCCCGAGGAGGAGCCGGGCGGCGCGGCCGUCCGAGAGGUGUACGAAGAGGCGGGAGUCAAGGGGAAGUUAGGCCGGCUCCUGGGCAUUUUCGAGCAGAACCAAGAUCGCAAGCACAGAACGUACGUGUAUGUACUGACUGUCACUGAGAUUCUGGAGGAUUGGGAAGAUUCGGUUAGCAUUGGGAGGAAGCGAGAGUGGUUCAAAAUCGAAGAUGCGAUCAAGGUUCUCCAGUGCCACAAGCCCGUGCAUGCCGAAUAUCUGGAAAAACUAAAGCUGGGCGGUUCCCCAACCAAUGGAAACUCCAUGGCCCCGUCCCUGCCAGAGAGCGAUCCCUAGUGAAUGGCAUAGAUUUACUUUGAAAGAAUCAAGUAUGUGAAUCCAGUGAUGAAUGGAAUUGUGAAGACAGGUGAGCUCU